CUUCGUUAACUUAAAACCUAAACUGCCCUCUUUCAUCUCUCUGCUUUCCUCCUAAAUCUGAAACCCUAGCUCUCGAGCUCGCUAUGGAUUCCAUCGAAUUGAACAAUUCGAAUCCUUCUUAUCAUCCCCUCGAUCAACCUCCUCCUCCUUCCUCUGAAACCGUAGCUUCCUCCAAGGAUGACAACUCCGCUUCCCUCGCUCCGGAUCAGAUUCCGGCUCCCGAAGCUACCAGCGGCUCUUCUAACGGCGACAAGAAUCAAUCCGAGGAUACCACGACCCGGAGGAAGCGUCGGAGCAGGUGGGAUCCUCCGCCUUCCGAGUCGGCUAACAAUACUACCGCCGAAGGUGGUGGCGGCGAUUCCGGUACCGGGACUAGGAAGCGUAAGUCGAGGUGGGCGGACGAUGAGCCUAAGCCGACGAUUCAGCUUCCUGAUUUCGUUAAGGAAUUCGGUGGAGGUAUUGAGUUCGAUCCCGAGAUUCAGGUUUUGAAUAGUAGGUUGCUUGAUAUCAGUAGGCUGCUUCAGUCCGGUAUGGCUUUGGAUGAUAGACCCGAAGGUCAGAGGUCUCCUUCGCCAGAGCCCGUGUAUGAUAAUAUGGGGAUUAGGAUUAACACUAGGGAGUACAGAGCGAGGGAGAGGUUGAAUAGAGAGAGGCAAGAGAUUAUAUCUCAGAUCAUCAAAAAGAAUCCUGCUUUCAAACCCCCGGCGGAUUAUAGGCCUCCCAAGCUCCAGAAGAAGCUGUUCAUUCCGAUGAAGGAUUAUCCCGGUUAUAAUUUCAUUGGUCUUAUUAUUGGUCCCAGGGGGAAUACUCAGAAGAGAAUGGAGAGGGAGACUGGUGCUAAGAUUGUGAUUAGGGGAAAAGGGUCUAUGAAAGAAGGUAGGCUGCAGAAGAAGGAUAUGAAAUACGACCCUGCAGAGAAUGAGGAUUUGCAUGUUUUAGUCGAGGCUGAGACUCAGGAAGCUCUUGAUGCUGCUGCUGGUAUGGUUGAGAAGCUCCUGCAGCCUGUUGAUGAGGUGCUGAAUGAACACAAGAGGCAGCAGCUUAGGGAGCUUGCUACCUUGAAUGGGACUAUAAGGGAUGAAGAAUUCUGUAGGCUGUGUGGUGAGCCAGGACAUAGGCAGUUUGCUUGUCCGUCUCGUUUGAAUACCUUUAAAAGUGAUGUGCUUUGCAAGAUUUGUGGUGAUGGUGGACACCCUACUAUUGAUUGCCCUGUGAAGGAUACCACUGGGAAGAAAAUGGAUGAUGAGUAUCAGAACUUUUUGGCAGAGUUAGGAGGAACUCUCCCUGAAUCUUCUCUUAAACAGAGUAGUACUACCUUGGCUCUGGGAGCAGGAAGUUCCGGAAGUAAUCCUCCAUGGGCUAACAAUGGGGGCAGUGGGGCAAGUGCGCAUCCUGGCUUAGGGUCAAAUCCAGCCAAACCCUCCAAAGAAUAUGAUGAAAAAAACCUGUACAUUGGGUUCUUGCCUACGAUGCUUGAGGACGAUGGUUUGAUUAAUCUUUUUUCACCCUUUGGUGAAAUUGUGAUGGCAAAGGUAAUCAAGGACCAUGUUUCUGGUCUGAGCAGAGGCUAUGGUUUUGUGAAGUACGCAGAUUUCCAGAUGGCCAAUUCGGCAAUACAGGCGAUGAAUGGUUAUCGGUUAGAAGGUAAAACACUUGCUGUCAGGAUUGCUGGUAAACCGGCACCGCCUCCUGGGCCACCGGCACCUCCGCCACCUACUCAAUCUUAUCCUCCUCCACCAUCACAACAAUAUGGCGCUGGUGGGCAACUGCCAAAUCCUUCAUAUUCACCGGCUCCAGUUCCUUGGGGUCCUCCUGUUCCUUCCUAUUCUCCAUACGCUCCUCCGCCUCCUCCUCCUGGUUCUUACCAUACUGUCCCUGGUCAACAUAUGCCUCCUUAUGGAAUGCACUACCCACCACCACCACCACCACCUCCUCAUGUGACACAAGCUCCUCCGCCUGGCACUUCUGCUAGUGAAAGCCAGCAAAGCUUCCCGCCAGGAGUAGUACAAGCAGACAGUGGUACUCCUCCUUCAUCUGUGCCACCAAAUGUCUAUGGUAGUUCGCUUGGACAGCCUCCAUAUAUGAGUUAUCCAUCUUAUUACACUGCUGUUCCACCUCCACCACCUCCUCCAGUGCCGACGUCGUCUGCUGAUCAUUCCCAAAGCAUGAGUAACAUGCCAUGGGCCAGCAAUCCUCCUGUGUCGUCAUCUGAUCACUCGCAAGGUCUAGGUAAUGCACCUUGGGCACCUAACCCUCCUAUGCCACCUUCUGUUGGAUACUCGCAGAGCAUGGGCAACGCUCCCUGGGCUCCCAAGCCUCCAGCACAGCCACCUGCAGAGAAUCCAUCUGCUGUUGGAGAUUCUGAGUAUGAGAAGUUCAUGGCUGAGAUGAAGUAGCAUGUGGUGUUCUAAGGGGAAAGAGGUGUGAUGUUUGUUGGAGCUCUUGUACCGUGUGAUUUUCUUACAUCUUUCUUGUUGGAAGUUUGGGACUCACAUCUUAACCCCUUGCUGUGCUGUUGUGAAAUAUGCAGAGAUUCUAGCUGGAAGCUCUCAGUUAGUUCAUAAUGUUGCGUUUCAGAAAGGCCAUAAUAUAUUUUUAUCCAUGUUUACUGAUAAUAAUUUAUUUCUGUACCUUUUCAGUUUGGGAUUUGAAACUUGUGGUGGUAUUGGUGUCGACAUAGCAUAUCAUAUCUAGUUCCUGAAACAUGUUUGGAUUAUUUAAACUUUUUUUUUGAUAGAAAGCUUCUUAAUAA